UUUCCCAUGAUGUUUCACUGCUGCCGCCUGAAUGAAAAGAUAUCUGGCAUCCCUCGAGCCAUGUUCCGAAGGUCAAUGCACAUGAUCCGUAAAGCGGCUUAAAUCAUCAUCGCCCGUGGUCGCGAGACGCGCUUCUUACCUUUAGCCAGCGCGCUUCACCAAGGCUACCACGAACAUCGACUCUACCUCUUUAUAAGUCCUCAUCACAGCCAUCGCCAUGGCCGCUCCAGAAAUACGACAAUGGGGACAGAAUCCCCCGAUUUCUACCGCUUUACCUACAGAGCAAGAGAACCAGCUCAACGCUGCUCUUAUUGACGAGCUGAAGCGGGAAAACAAUUUUGAGAGACCGGAAGAGACGGAAAAGAGAGUGGAGAUAUUGAACACGUUCCAAAAAGUCACAGAAGAGUUUGUUAAACUUGUAGGCAGAAACAAAGGCUUGGCUCAAUCUGCCAUCGACAAUGCUGGAGGCAAAGUGUUCACGUAUGGGAGCUACAGACUCGGUGUCUACGGUCCAGGUUCUGAUAUUGAUACCCUCAUCGUUGCACCUAAGCAUUGCACUCGCGAUGACUUCUUCCAGCUCUUCCCCGAGCUGCUCGCGAAGAUGUCUCGCGCGGAUGCCAUCGACGAAAUGACACCUGUACCCGAUGCUCACGUUCCAGUUAUCAGUCUCGAGUACUGUGGGAUAAGUAUAGAUUUGAUUUUCGCACCGUUGGCGAUAUCCUCCGUGCCCAUGAGCCUAGACCUCAAGGAUAAGAAUUUGUUGAAAGGGCUGAGCGAUACAGAUCUCCGCAGUGUCAAUGGAUCGCGUGUUACGGAUGAAAUUCUGACCCUUGUACCCCAAGUCAAGACAUUUCGACAUGCUCUGCGAGCAGUGAAGCUGUGGGCGCAACGGCGUGCAGUCUAUGCAAACGUCAUGGGUUUCCCUGGUGGAGUCGCAUGGGCCAUGAUGGUUGCUCGUGUUUGCCAGUUGUAUCCCAUGGCCCCUGGCUCUGUGCUUGUUUCCAAGUUCUUCAACCUCAUGAAAUCGUGGCCGUGGCCCCGGCCAAUCAUGCUAAAAGACAUGGACGACGGUCCUAUCCAGCAGAAAGUCUGGAAUCCACAGAUCUAUCCAGGCGACAGACGGCAUCUGAUGCCUGUUAUUACCCCCGCUUUCCCUUCCAUGUGCGCUACACACAACAUCACUCCCUCGACGCAAAAGAUUAUUCUGAGAGAGCUUAGUCGCGCCAGUGAUAUUACGAACGAGAUAUUCAUGGGCCGGAAGGCUUGGAAAGAUCUGUUUCGCCGGCAUACCUUCUUUACAGAGGGGUACAAAUAUUAUCUCAGCAUAGUUGCCGCAAGUAGAACGAAAGAUGCUCAGUCCAUAUGGUCUGGUCUUGUUCAGUCGCGACUACGAAGAUUAGUCACGGGCAUCGAAGUUUCGGAUGCAAGCGUGGAGCUCGCUCAUCCGUUUAACAAAGGAUUUGAGCGUGUUCAUCAGUGCAAAACUGACGAAGAGGUGGAAAUGACGUUACAAGGGAGCUUGAAGUUUCAGGUCAAAGAAGUAAAGACUGAGACAACUGAAGAUACUAAAGAUAUCAAGCAAGCAGUUGUUGCCGAAGGUAGCACAGAGAACGUUGAAAUGCCUAACAAGACACUUGGAGAAGUGAACAGUGAUGGAGUUCGGACGAUUUAUUCGACAACAUUCUAUGUUGGGAUAGAGCUUGAAGAAGGCGCCAAAUCCCUGGAUAUCUCGUAUCCCGUCGGUGAGUUCAAGAGGAACUGCACAGACUGGCCACAGUACAACGACGAGCUCAAUUCUCUGAGAAUAGUGCAUACACGGAAUUACGACUUGCCCGAUGAUGUUUUCGAGCCCGGUGAGGUUCGACCAAGCAGAAAGAAGAAAGCGACAUCACGCAGCAAUGGCCAGAGUGCGUCCAAGCGAAACGUUGGAGAAGCAGGACUAGACGGUACAAAUGGACAUCCAGCAAAACGUCAACAAUCGUCGACGGGAGUUUCGACGGCGGCAGGGUGAUUGGUGACACUCGAUAAUCUACUUUCUUUGUGUUUCCGUCGUUGCUCCCAUUAAGGUUUAUCCCUCGAAGAAGC